UAUCCUCCGUCCUCCCCAAUCCAAUGAGCCAGACCGCUGUCAUCAGCUAAGAGAACACCUAAGAAAAACAACCAGGGUAUCGUAGGGGGGAGGACCCAAGAUUCGCGAACCCCUCGAUAAUUUUUUAAAUCUUCAUCUCCUUCAUACACAGACCCCUUCUCGGUUUUGUCUCCCCGGCUAUCUGGUCUCGACAGAAUAGUCAUGGCGCAACGAUUCGGUGCAUCAUCGCUCCAUCAGCGCGACUCUCGCAGCGCUCUCUUCGAGGGCUACACCGGCGACGCAGCAUCUCGAAGACCCGUCAGCGCAAGCCCAAACCGAGGAUACGGCUACGGCGGAUACGGAGCCCCCUCGCCUUCCCCCCUUGGACAGGGAGGUUUCGAUGCAUCGAGACCUGGUUCGUUCCGCUCUGCGACGCCGAAUAAAAGGGGCCAGUAUAGCGAUGCGGUGCUCAAUGAGCUUGAGAGCCAAAACGAUGCGCAGGUGGAGGGUAUUCUUGGCAAGGUCAAGGUGUUGAAGGACAUGACGGUUGCGAUUGGAGACGAGAUCCGUGAGUCCUCGGCGCUGGCGGAGAAGAUGAACGAUAGUUUCGACUCGACACGCCUGCGACUUCGUGGUACUAUGAACCGCAUGCUUGUCAUGGCUCAGCGAACUGGUGUUGGCUGGAAGGUCUGGCUUAUCUUCUUUGCCGCCGUGAUGAUGCUUUUCAUCUACGUUUGGCUAUUUUGAUCUCGAGGUCUUCACACGACACGACUCGACUCACCGACUUAAGAGCAUGGAGAGACAUGGAUUGACUGAGAAAAAGAAAAAGAGCUGUACGAUGUGCAUUUUGGAAUGGCGUUUGGAUGGGCGUUUUGCAAUUCACAAUAAUGCAUGAUAAUCGGUGAUCUUGGCAGACACGGGAGAAGCAUCACAUCACGCAACGAUCAAGUUGCCCUCUACAAAGGUUGUAAUCACACUUCUGGGCAAGCCUGUGGCUAGCAACCCAUCUUUCACUUACAUAUCGAAAGACGGGAAGCGCUCAAUUUCAAUUCUGCUUUGAUAAUGAACAAUGAAUGGGUAUAUAACACUGCUGCCUGAAC